UUUCGGGGCGCCGUGAGGGGGCUGCGCCGUCCGGCCAUCGCUCGGGACGGGCGCAGCCCGCGGGACCGCACAGCCCCGGAGCGUGGCGGGGCGUGCUCGCCGGGUGUUUCCUCGAUUGCUAGGCUGUAUCUCAGCAAGAAACUUGGAUUUUGUAAAGAAAAAAAAAAAUCAAAAAAAAAAUAUCCAUAAUAAUUUUUGCGUUAAUCUUUCCUUUUGCUAGGCUGUUUACCUCAGAAAAGAUGGCAGAUCCCUGGCAAGAAUGUAUGGAUUAUGCAGUUGGUUUAGCAAGGAAAGCUGGGGAGAUAAUCCGUGGAGCACUCAAAGAAGAAAUAUCUAUUAUGACUAAAAGUUCACCGGUAGAUUUGGUGACAGAAACUGAUCAAAAAGUAGAAAACUUCAUUAUUUCUUUGAUAAAAGAAAAGUAUCCAUCUCACAGCUUUAUUGGGGAAGAAUCUGUUGCAGCUGGAGAGGGCAGCAUUCUGACAGAUAACCCCACAUGGAUUAUAGACCCUAUUGAUGGAACUACCAACUUCGUACACAGGUUUCCAUUUGUGGCAGUUUCAAUUGGCUUUGUUGUAAACAAAAAGAUGGAGUUUGGAAUUGUGUAUAGUUGUAUAGAAGACAAGAUGUAUACUGCCAGAAAAGGAAAAGGUGCAUUUUGCAAUGGUCAGAAACUUCAAGUAUCAGGCCAAGAAGACAUUACAAAAUCCCUUUUAGUAACAGAAUUGGGGUCAAAUCGUGACCCAGAGACUAUAAAAAUAAUUCUUUCUAACAUGGAAAGACUUCUCAGUAUUCCUAUUCAUGGGAUUAGAGCUGUUGGUACAGCAGCUGUGAACAUGUGCCUUGUGGCAACGGGUGGAGCUGAUGCCUAUUAUGAAAUGGGGAUUCACUGCUGGGAUAUGGCAGGAGCUGGAAUCAUCAUUACUGAAGCUGGUGGAGUGCUGCUGGAUGUAACAGGUGGACCAUUUGAUUUGAUGUCUCGAAGAAUAAUUGCGGCAAGUAGUCGAGCUAUAGGAGAGAGAAUAGCCAAAGCACUUCAAGUAAUUCCUCUGAGAAGAGAUGAUGCAGCUAACUGAAUACCAAAGCUACACCUGAAAUGUUAUUAUCUAAUGUUGUCUCAUAUUCCCACGUGGUGCUUGUUCUACACCUUGAAUAGAUGGUAGUCUUUCAGUACUGGUGUGACUGCUAAGUAGAGCUUUGAGAUUGGAACAACAUUCUGAGUAAGCUUUAACUGUUGACUAUUUUAUGUAACAUCACAAUUAGAUAAAAAUCAAGAAAAAGAAGCAAAUAUAUGCAACUAGUAUUUUCAAGUUUUAUACUACACUGAAGACGUAGCAAGAGACUCUUUGAUGUAUAGAUAAAUAAAGAUCUCUAGUUCUGUGAGUGACAAAACAAAAAAUCACUGUCCUUACACCACAACCUCACAUCUGAUCUUGAACCCAAAAGAUGAAGGCAUUACUGUUUAUCCAGUCUUUAUCUGGUCUUCAGUGUAUCCAUUUCCUUACUUUGUUGCAGUUUUUUUAGAGGUAGUCCACACAUUUCCAAAUUUGUUAGUUGCUUGUUGUUUUGGCUCCAGUUUAAAGACUUUAUUACUUACCUGUCAUUGGUUUUGUAGGCAUCAUUCUCCCUUUCUUAUGGUAGAUAAACCCAAUCUUUCUUUAGCCUCGUACGUGGCCAGUACACUUGCAAAUCUAUUACAGUUGCAAAAGUAGGAGAUAUUGUGCCAGAAAAUACGUGUAUCUCACAGAAGUUCUGAGCACACCUUCUAUCACCAAAUGUUCUUACUUCUAAAUGAAGAUGAAGUAUGAUUUGCAUUUUGUUAAUUUUGCUUGAGUUUCUUCAUGGAUCAGUGUGUUUCAAAGUCUAAGGACUAAUUAAAUCCAAGAGAGUUUUCAAUAACUCAGAUGGCAAAAAAAUAAGCCUAUAGUCCAUGUUUUUUACAUAAUUAUCUGUAAGUUACAAAAACAGUGACCAACCAGGACCGGGUUUCUGUUGUGUUAUAGAGUGUACAGACACAAAAGAUACAUAUCUAAACCUAAACUGUUUAUAAAUCUAAGAAAUAUUAGUGAUUUAAUUCUUGGUCUCAGUUGUUCCAAACUUUGAAAACUAUACUGGUUCUUUGAAUUUUUGUAUUUAAGAUUGUUAAAGGCAUCAGUGCACUGUUCAAAUAAUUAAUGCACUUUAAUUUAAAGAUGUAACUUAAAACGAUUUUUAGACUUUUUUUGUGUGUCAAAAAGUUGUCUCUUUGGUUGGUUAGUCAAGACACAGCAGUGCUUUGGAAAACCUGACUUUUUGUACUGCUGUCCCACUUUCUAUUUUGAAAAAUGGUGUACUCUAUUGAAGUUUCAACAGAUUGCUUAUUAUAAAUUUCAGUCUUUUAUAUCAGUUGAUUUUCACAGAUUUUGCAGAAGUACUUAAUAUUAAGUUGUAUCUAAUGCCAGAUGAUUAUUGUUAAUGAGGUCAGCCUACUGUUUAAAGGUCUUGUCAAAAAGCCAGACUUACAUGAAUUUUACUUUUUAAAUUCCCAUUGACAAGGACGGAAAUCUUUUGAGCAUUUCACUGUAACUUUAUUGCUGUAAACAAUGUGGGAUCAUCAUUAUUUUUGAGAAUUAUGUCUUCUGUAACAUUUCUGUGGCCUUUAUAUAACAAAUUCUGCAUAACUUUAUCUGUGAAAUGGAGACGUCUAAAAAAUACUUGAGAUGGGAGAACAUGUUAGAAAUAAAUACACUUUAGCAGCA